ACAACUGGUUUGAUUUUAGGAGCAGAAAGAAAAGAGCAAAAUGAUUCGGUCUAAACUCUGGUGUUUGCUGCUUUUCCUGAGUCCUGCUGUAUGCAUGGCGGUGGAGCAAGUGAUAAUACCAACGGAGACUCGGCUUCUGGGAGGAUGGAACAAGCUGCCUCUGCAGACAGAGAAAGCAGAUGAGCUAAAAGCCCUUGUAGAACUUUGGUACAACCGGCAAAGUGACAGUCCCUAUCUCUACAAGGCCAAGGGCAUAAAUGCCAAAAUGCAGGUCACUGAUAGGAUCAAUUAUGAAUUGAAUGUAAUUAUGAUUCCAACUGGAUGUCUGAAAGAUGAAAACAGUGAAAACGAGAACUGUCUGACCCCCAGUGAAACUGAUCGCCCAAGUGAUGCAAAGGUAGUAAAAUGUGUUUUUCGCAUUGAGGAAGCACGUCCAACAUUUAAGUCAGGAGUGACAGGCCACCGAUGUAUGACAGACAACAUUUGACACAUUUUUUCCGGCUGCCAAUAAAACUGGUUCUUUAAUAAUUGAUCUUACAUAUGGGCCUCCAGCCAUUCUUCUUUAAAAAAGUCAAAGUAUUCUCUUCUUUCAUGUGCCUUCUCCCUUCAUUUCACUAGUUGGAAAUGUAACUCUGCUUUUGCUAUGAUUUGAAAUGUUAAUGCUUAUCUACCAUUAUGACUGGUAUUGCUAAUUAUGUGACCAUGGAAAAAUUGUGCCACAUGUAAUAAAUAAAAGUGUCACCAAACAUA